AGAAGCGCCUCCAUGGACGUCUCAGUGAGCAUCCCUGCAGCAGCUUCUCCCAUGGAGAACAUGAGCGACGACAAGAUAGCAAUCGUCAUCCCCCACAGGUCCCCGUCCAACAAGAUCCUGCCACUAGGGUUCCAACUACAACAACACGAGCCAUCACCUCAUCCGCCUCCCACCGGCUUCGCCGAGAGGGUGGCGCUUCCUCUCAUCAAGAAGGUGGCGGCGGAGCUGCUGGGGACGUUCCUGCUGGUCUUCACGGUGCUGUCGGCGCUGAUCACAGACGAGGCGCACGGCGGCGCGCUGGGCCUGCCAGGCGUGGCGGCGGCGGCGGGGAUGGCCAUAGUGGUCCUCGUCUCGUCCCUCGCCCACGUGUCCGGGGGCCACAUGAACCCGGCGGUCAGCGCCGCCAUGGCCGCGUUCGGACACCUGCCCCGGCCCCACCUCGCGCCCUACGUCGCCGCCCAGCUCCUCGGCUCCACCGCCGCCUCGUUCGCCGCCAAAGCGCUCUACGAUCCUCUGAACAUGGGCGCUACUGUCGCCACCGUGCCGACGAUCGGCGGCGCCGAGGCGUUCGCCGUCGAGUUCGCCACUACGUUCGUCUUCCUCUUCGUCGUCACCGCCCUCGCCACCGAUCCUAAAGCAGUGAAAGAGAUGGUGGCAGUGGGAGCCGGGGCGGCGGUGGUGAUGAGCGCCCUCGUCUCCGGGAAGUGGACGGGGGCGUCGAUGAAUCCGGCGAGAACGCUGGGGCCGGCGAUUGCCACGGGGACGUACGCCAAGAUCUGGGUCUACAUGGUGGCUCCACCGCUGGGCGCCAUUGCUGGGUCCGGAGCUUACCAUGCGCUCAAGUGA